UAUUAUUAUUAUUUCAAUUCUUCGACUUUAUCGAAACCUCACCGGAGAUGGCUACACCACCAUCUCUAUCACCGAUUUCGCCGCCUUCCCCUCCCAACACUACAACUACUGCUCCGCCGUCUUCCCUUCCGAACAAUACUGCUCCUCCGACGCCCCCAGUUACUAAUAAUUCCGAUCCCGUGGCUGAUUCUCCGAAUGGUACGUUUGCAAAUUUACUACCGCCGCCACCGCCGCCGCGAUCCGUUGAGAGCUUACCGCCUGGGACAUUAGCGGGGCUUAUAGUAGGGGUGGGGUUGGGAGCGUUAAUUGUGCUAAUUGGAGCGGGUAUCUUUGUAAUUUUCUAUAGGAGGAGAAAGAAGAAGCUUGCUAACAAUUAUUCUGGAGCUGCUCCUCAAGGAGUUGAUCCCCAACAUUGGCAGCAGAGUGUUCCUCAAAUUACUGUUCUGCCAAAGCCUACUCCUCCACCAGGAAUCACACCACAUCUUUAUAAUUCUGUUGAGCCUCCUUCAACGAGUACUAGUUUGGGCUCAGAAAAACCAUCAAAUGCAUCACCUUCCCCAGUAGUGGCCAUGGGACAUUCGUUGGGCACAUUUACUUAUGAAGAUUUAGCAAUGGCAACUGAUAAUUUCACUGAUUCUAACCUCAUCGGUCAAGGAGGUUUUGGUUAUGUCCAUAAAGGAGUACUAAAGGAUGGGAAAGUAGUUGCAAUUAAGCAGUUAAAAGUUGGAAGUGGACAGGGUGAGCGUGAGUUUCAAGCAGAAGUCGACAUCAUUAGCCGUGUUCACCAUAGACAUCUUGUUUCACUAGUUGGAUACUGCAUAGUUGGUGUACAGAGGUUGCUUGUUUACGACUUUGUCCCAAACGACACAUUAGAGUUUCAUUUACACGGAAAAGAUAGGCCAGUUAUGAACUGGUCAACCAGAAUGAAAAUUGCUCUGGGUGCAGCAAAAGGGUUGGCAUAUUUGCAUGAGGACUGUAAGCCCAAGAUCAUACAUCGUGAUAUCAAGGCAGCUAACAUUCUUCUCGAUGAAAGCUUUGAGGCAAGGCUUGCAGAUUUUGGACUUGCAAAGUAUUCUUUAGAUACUGAUACUCAUGUAUCCACUCGAGUGAUGGGAACUUUUGGUUACAUGGCUCCAGAGUAUGCCUCCAGCGGGAAGCUCACUGAGAAGUCGGAUGUUUUCUCCUUUGGGGUUGUGCUUCUGGAGAUGAUUACUGGAUACCGCCCCGUUGAUGAUUCAGCGUUCUUUGAUGAUAGCAUAGUUGAUUGGGCAAGGCCUUUGCUCUCGCAAGCUUUGGAACAUGGAAAUUUUGAUGCAUUUGUGGAUUUGAGGUUACAGAAAGACUACGACUCCAAUGAAAUGACCCGAAUGGUUGCUUGCGCUGCAGCUUGUGUGCGUCAUUCGGCAAGGAGUCGCCCACGGAUGAGCCAGGUAGUUCGAGCCCUGGAAGGAAACAUUUCUCUGGAUGAUUUGAACGAGGGAAUCACUCCCGGGCACAGCAGAGUGUUUGGUUCCUUUGAAAGUUCUGAUUACAGCUCAACCCAAUACAAGGAAGAUCUGAAGAAGUUCAGGAAGAUGGCACUGGAGAGCCAAGAGCUUGGUAGCAGUGAAUACAGUGAGUAUGUUGUUAACCCAUCUAGCUCCAGCACUGAAGGACAACAAAGUACCAAAUCGAAACAUCGAAAGCUGAGAAAGAAACCAAAGAUAUAAGUCGGAGCUCGUAACAAGAUCUGUAGUGAAAUUUGCUGGGGCAACAGUAAGGGGUCUUUUCCAGCCGGCUUUAUUAUAUUCAUUACUGCCUCAUUGCAACUAGGUUGAAAUCUGAAAUUUCUGGAAGCUGCGAAAUGGCAGCCAUGGUAUUUGGUUUAGGUAACUGAGGUGGAUUUUGUCAAUUCCAUCUAUUUAGGAGUAAUGUGAUUGUUUAGUCUCAAAACCUCUACUGCGUGUAUAUUUGAUGUAGUUCACGGCUAGAAUGUUCAAUGCUGUAUCAAAUUCUAUAGAGGAUCUUCAAUGAAAUUGCAUUAUUGCUUCA